AUGGAGAGAAAAAGCAUGCAAGCACCACUAUUGAGAAGGCCUUCACCUGUUGAAGCAAACACUACUACUAACGGUAGUAAUACUACUACUACUACUGAAGAAAACACUACUACUAAUACUGAUGGUGACUUGCAAUCAAGUGGUUCCUCAUCAGUCACGCUUGUUGUUGUGCUCAGCACCAUGGUCGCCCUCUGUGGUUCCCUCGGUUCUGGGUGUGCUACAGGUUUUUCUUCACCUGCUAAAUCUGGGAUCGUCGAAGAUUUGAGUCUCUCUGAUACAUCAUAUUCCUUUUUCAGUUCGAUGAUGACAAUAGGAGGAGUGAUUGGCGGAUUAGUAAAUGGAUUGACAGUAGAUUAUAUCGGUCGGAAAAAUGCAAUGUGGUUCUCUGAAAUAUUCCGGAUUGCAGGGUGGCUUGCAAUAGCAUUGGCACAGAAUGCUUGGUUGCUUGAUCUCGGAAGCCUGUUAUUGGGAUUUGGGACUAGCAUUAGUUUAUAUGUGGUACCUGUAUACAUAGCAGAAAUCACACCCAAGAAUCUUAGGGGACAAUUUACAUCAGCUACUCAGUUGAUGAUAACUUGUGGCUUUCAACUAAUGUAUUUCAUUGGAAGUAACAUUUCCUGGCGCAUCCUAGCUGUAAUUGGUGGUAUUCCAUGUGUAGUAAAACUUGUGGGAGUAUUCUUCAUUGCAAAGUCACCUAGGUGGCUGGCAACCGUUGGUAAGCAAGAAGAGUUUGAAGCUUCUCUACAGCUUCUUAGGGGAAAGAAUGCUGAUAUUUCUCAAGAAGCAGCUGAUAUAAAAGAUUAUACAAAAAUAUGUCAACAAUUUUCAGAGACUGGAAAACUACAUUUUUUCCAUAGUAGAUAUGUCUCUCCACUCACAGCCGGACUUGGGCUGAUAUUGCUCGAUCAACUUGGAGGCAGCAGUGCAGUUGCCUACUAUGCAAGCUAUUUAUUUACAGAAGCUGGAUUUUCAAGUAGCAUUGGGACUACAACUAUGGCUUUAAUCCAGAUUCCAGCCAACAUUAUCAGUGUACUCUUGUCAGAUAAUUUAGGAAGACGGCCACUUCUAAUGGUUUCUGCCACUGGACUGAGCUUGAGUUGCUUCCUUGUAGGCUUGUCAUACAUCUUUCAGGACCUUAGCCUGUUGAAGGAGCUCACUCCCAUUUUGGUGCUAAUUGGUUUAUCGGUAUUUAGUAUGGCUCAAGCGAUAGGCAUGGCAGGAUUACCCUGGGUUAUAAUGUCAGAGAUAUAUCCUAUAAACAUCAAGGGUACAGCUGGAAGCCUAGUGACUUCAGCACAUUGGUCCUUCGCUUGGAUUGUUGUAUACAUCUUCAAGUUUAUGAUAGCAUGGAGUUUAGCAGGAACAUUUUUCAUAUUCUCAAUCAUUUAUGGUUUAGCUGUUGUAUUUAUUGCAAAGCUGGUACCAGAGACCAAGAAGCAAGCACUGGAAGAAAUUCAUGCAUCAUUUACCAAUCCUCAGCGCAAAAACUCAAACCCUUAA